CUGUUAUUUGUCUUCAAAGAAAAGGUGCAUGAGAAAGCCGAAGAAAACGUCGGAAUUUUUAUAAAGAUGGCAUCGCUCUUUGAUAUGUUUCUUCUUAGAGCCGCCAUGCGAGCAGCAAUGGAGAGCAGUGACGACGACGACGAUCCUGAUUCAACAACGGCUGUAACUCGAACAGAUCGUUUUGUCUUCCAUGAAAAACACAGUGAGCUCGUGUCGGUUAGUUCUGACAGGAAGACAGCAAAACGUCAGAUAUCCAUGCUUAGCUGUGAUCGAGGCAUAGCGUUUAGUGAACAACAGUUGCGCGAUGAUGAAGUUUUUGAAAUUCGUAUUGACGAAAUUAUGCCUUUCUCUAUGUGGGAACGUUCCCUAGAUAUAGGUGUUACUGCCUUGGAUCCUAUGUUUAUCGACCUUCCAAAGACUAUGACUGACAUCAUGAGUGGUGCAGGCACCUGGAUGUUAAGUGGAGAUACAGUGGUCAAAAAUAGGGUGAUAAUUAAACGCAGAUACUGUCGCGAUCUCAAAUCACUAUCAGCAGGUGAUCGUCUUGGUGUGUCUCGAACAAAAAAUGGUUAUCUUCAUUUCUUUAUAAAUGGUGAACACCAGGGAGUUGCUGCCAAAAAUGUACCACAAGGUGUUCAUGCUGUCGUGGAUAUCUAUGGAAAGUGUACUAAGGUUUCCAUUUUUUAUCCUGGAGGUAAUUCAUCUAACCGAAGUUACCCAUCUUCAACAGGACCCUCUCUGACAACACAGAGCGACCCCGAACUCACGAGAUAUAAAAAACAUCGUCAGUGGCUGCAGGAAUGUAAAUCCAAGGGAUUUCAACGUUGGGUAUUUAGUCAAGUAAUGUCAGCGACCUCAGAUGAUGAAAGAAGGGAACUCUUUCUGUUUACCAGCGCAUUUGGUCACUGUCUAGAUCAGGAUACUUCCACUUGUGAUGGGUGUAAAAAAAAGGUUCCUAUAAAAUCACAUCGCUAUUUAUGUAUGGAAUGUCAAAAUCUUGACUUGUGUGACAAUUGCUUUUCAUCUAAUAGAGAACCAAGAGAUCAUCAAUUGGACCACAAAUUGGCGGAGAUGAAGUGGCUUUGUAAAGGCAAAGAUUGUGGUGGGUUUAUUACAGGGGCUAGAUUCCAAUGCAUGGUUUGCAAAGACUUUGAUCUUUGUUAUGGUUGUCAGAAGACAAAGAACUGGCCCAUAGGGCACAAUGAGAAUCACACGAUGACAAAAAGUUCAACCCUAACAGUUCAAAGAGGUCGGCCGCAAAGUCAACAGAGCCCGCGAGCAGGCCAACAGAGUCAAAGCGGAGCGACUGCCUUCAGUACUUCAAACAGUAACUAUUGCCCCAAAGGAGAGCAUAAUUUUUCUCCUGGUAAAUGCGUUAUCUGCACGAAUUGUGGCGGAUGUACUGGCUAUGGGAAAAAUUGUGUUAUGAGCAACAAACGGAGCAGCAGUACCCCUAAAGAAUUAUGUGGAUGCGGCUAUGGUGACGCUGGGUGCACAAAAUGCGGAGUAUGCAAAGGUUGCGUAGACAAAAUAAAAGCGAGCCCAGUCACCUCGAGGCCCUCAGUCACUCCCAGGCCGAUGACUGCGGCAACGCAGAAAUGUGAAUUUCGAGAGAUGUGUGAACGUUAUGUUAAAUCUUUGAAAAUUGCAGAUGAAUAUUUCGACGAUACUCCAGCUUUCAAUAAAUGUUUCUGUGAAGACUGUCACAAAGCUCGAGGGGACAGAGAGUGUUACUCCCGUGGAAACCCCGCAAAGAUUUACGCCUUACCCAUUGGCUGGAGUCGGUUUGCUAUUAAAGUUGGUCCACACGCCAACGUAUUGAAGAUAUUCGAGAAUUGGCACGUUGCGUUUCAUGGAACCGAGGCAAAAUACCUACAACUAAUAUUUAACAAUGGUGCUCAAUUGCUCAUGGCAGGGGAUGUUGCCUAUGGAGGAAGCGAGUUACAUGAAGGUGAAGGACAUUACAAUGCGAACUGGAAACCACGGGGAUUUGACACGAAGAAAAUUUUUGUUUCUCCAAGUAUCAAAUAUUCUGGCUGUGCUGUUUAUGCAAAGAAACAAAGUUUCAUUGAUCCUGUUGCAAGUAAAAAAGUAGCAGCACAAGUUGCCUUACAAGUGUUGAUACGGCCAGGUUCCUAUCAGGUUGGAAAAACAACUGUGGAACGAGCCCAACCUUUUGAUGCUAAUUUUAGCGAUGAAGAACUAGAAUGGUCAACAAAAGAAAGAGGAGCCGUGAUUGUAACUGGACUACUCGUUAAAAUCACAAAGGUUAAUACUGAGGCGGAACAGAGCAAGCAAAGAUUUUAGUAUUAGUUCAUGCUUAUUAUUAAAAGCAAUAUCAGCUUGACUUAGUGUGACAUGGAAACAGUGUACAUUGCCUAGAAAGUUCCUGGGAUGAUGCAUUUAGGAAUGCCAUAUAAACACUCAGUUUGCGAGUUUAUAUUAAUGGUGCAUGCCCAUAGAGAAGUGAGGGCAAAUACCAGAACAUAUUUUUAUAGCUCAAGAUAAUAGACACCUUCCUGGUACAACUUGGUAAUCUAUGGUUAUAUGCAUGUCUAUCACUAAUAUUUUCACUAAUAUAUAUCGUGUCCGGUAGAGCCUAUGCAAUUUGAAUAUAUUAGUCUUUUUCACAAAACAUCUCAUCUACUUAUUUUAUCAGCAAAUUGUAUGCAAACUCACAUGUGCAUGACCAGACGUUGUUGGUCAGAUAUAGUAUAGAAAAAAUUAUGUACGUAGGCAUACAGUCUGGCAGUGGGCACUGAUAUCAGUGGUAGUGGGGGCACGGUUGCGAGAAACAUUUAAAUCAAGCAAAGUUGAGCAAAUUUGAAUGUACAAAAGUUGAU